CAAGUUCCAUUCCCCAAAUCUCUCCCUCAUUUUCUAAGGGAAAAAAGAUUCUGCAAAAAUGGUGGCCAAGUUUACCAAAAAAACCCCACCUAAAGUCUCCAAGAACCGCUAUCGCCACCGUAGGAAGUCCCCCUCCAAAUCCGUUGCCACCGCCAACUUCAUCUCCUCCAUUAACAAAUCUUUGUACUCAUGCAAGCGCCGUCUGGCCAAGAUUUUCUCCAAAUUGGUGUGUAUGUCCACCCCAACUCGCAAAAGCAAAGGCUACAAGAUAUUGAAAAAAGAACAAAAAGAUCACCCUGAAUCUGAAGAUCAAGUUCUUGUUCCUAAAGUUCUUGUCUUCGGUAAAGAAAACGUUCUUCCUCCUCUCAUGUCUCCUGAGAAAAAGACCAUUUUUCUUGAUCUUGACGAGACGUUAAUCCAUUCAAAACCUGACCCUCCUCCGAAAAGCUUUGACUUCAUUGUUAGGCCGAGAAUUGAUGGAGAAUUGAUGAAUUUCUAUGUUGCAAAACGGCCUGGUGUUGAUGCUUUCUUGGAAUCAAUAAGUAAGAAGUAUGAGUUGGUGAUUUUCACGGCGGGGUUAAGGGAGUAUGCGUCGUUGGUUCUUGAUAGGCUUGAUGAGAAGGGGGCGAUUUCACAUCGGCUUUACCGUGAUUCUUGCAAACAACAUGAUGGGAAGUUUGUAAAGGACUUGUCUGAGAUGGGAAGAGACUUGAAGAAGGUGGUGAUCGUUGACGAUAAUCCAAAUGCCUACAUUUUUCAGCCGCAAAAUGCAAUUCCGGUGAAACCCUUUACCGGCGACGCCAAUGAUAAGGAGUUGUGUAAGUUGGCCAAAUUUUUUGAGUGUUGUGAUUGUUGUGUUGAUAUGAGGGAUGCUGUGAAGGCAUUUGGUCCUUUUAUUGUUGAGGAGAAUUGUAUUGAACAAUGAAUUGCUGAAUUUAAAGAAUGCAAUGAAUUGUUCAAGUUUAGGUUUUAGGGAUUGAAUUCAGAUGCAAAGUUUCUUUGCAGGAUGUAACCAUUGUACUUUGGCAAGUUGAUCGUGUUUGUUUAUCUUUUCUUUUUUGGAAUCUGAUCUGAAUUUCCAGAUUUAAUGAGAGUAAAAAGGAAACUCUAGAUUUACACA